CCAGGCAGGCGGGUGCAGCGCCGCGGCCGCCGCUGACAGCGCCGCGCUCGCAGGUCCCUGCCCGCAGCUCCAGCCGCUCCUGCCAGGAUUCUCCCAGGUCCGGCCCCCUCGUCCGCCUCGCAUUUGGGAUUAACUCGCCUAUGGAGAGAUGGUCUUAGCUGAAUUAUUUAAAGACACUUAAGCACAGAUUUUGCCCCAGUAGUCAGACUGCUUUCUCAAUGGAGCCCCGGAUUCCCCACAACAUCACCGUUGUCCCCAACUCUGUGAUGGUGCAGCCCUUGCUGGACAGUCGGAUCCCCUACGGGCGGCUGCAGCACCCGCUCACCAUCCUGCCCAUCGACCAGAUGAAGACCACCCACAUCGAGAACGACUACACCGACAACCCCAGCGCCUCCCAGCCACCAGCCCAGAAGCGUCCCCGAGCCCCCCACGAACUGGGCUUGAGCAGCCAGCAGCACCCGCAGCGCUGUGAGCAGGAUGUCACCCACCCCUGGAUCUCCUUCAGCGGGCGCCCCAGCUCCAUCAGCAGCAGCAGCAGCACAUCCUCAGACCAAAGGCUCCUGGACCACAUGGCCCCGGUGCCCGUGGCAGAGCAAUCCUCCCCCCGCGCCGUUCGCAUCCAGCCCAAGGUGAUCAACUGCAAGCCCCUGGACCUGAAGGGCACCGUGUCUCAGGAGCUGGACAAGCACUUCCUGCUGUGCGAGGCCUGUGGGAAAUGCAAGUGCAAGGAGUGUGCCCUGCCCCGGACUCUGCCGUCAUGCUGGGUGUGCAACCAGGAGUGUCUCUGCUCGGCGCAGAACCUGGUCAACUACUCCACCUGCAUGUGCCUGGUCAAGGGCGUCUUCUACCACUGCACCAACGAGGACGACGAGGGCACGUGUGCCGACCACCCCUGCUCCUGCUCCCACUCCAACUGCUGUGCCCGCUGGUCCUUCAUGAGCGCCCUGUCUCUGGUGCUGCCCUGCCUGCUCUGCUACCUGCCAGCCACCGGCUGCGUCAAGCUGUCCCAGAGAUGCUACGACCAAGUGAGCCGGCCCGGAUGCAGAUGCAAAAACACAAACAGUGUCAUUUGCAAGGCAUUGCCCGAGAGCAAAGGGGCAGAAAAGCCCUUCUAAUAGUUUGGGAGGACGGAGUGGGAGGAUGCUCUGCGGAGCAGGGUGGUGUUGGCUCUUUUUAAUAACCUGUGUUCUGAAGAGAGCGUUAGCCUCUUGCCUUCGGAGAAAGCAGAAGCAACUAUUUCCACAAACUGAAGCACUUUGGGUUAUUCAGGGAUUUUGGAACUGGUCACAGUUUAAAUAAAUGGGGCCAAAGGAGGAACGUUAAUAAUGCAGAGUGAAGGCUACAAACCCACGUACAUCAUGAAGUACAGCUGCUGAAACACUCCCGCCUUGGACGGACAGCUGCUCACCAGGCCUGCACACCACAGGAACCAUUAACUGCUCGCUUGGCAGGCACCGCCUCACAACCAAUCCCCAUUCCCAGCUGCAAAAAGCUGCUCUCAAUUCGGAUUUGGGGCAGGCUUCUUGUUUCCUCUCUCCUUCCAAACCCCAGCUCGCUCCCAGCAGCCUGUUGAAGGUGAUGGGGGAACUCCCUCCGCCCUCCUUCCCUCCUGCACACCACUCCAAGGGCUGGUUGCACACAAAGUACCUGUUUCUCAAAAGCUUUCUGUGUCCCUCAAAGAUUUUUGAACCAGAAGUGAAGCUACAUUUCAUUCGUUGAAGGGUCUUUUGCCUUUUGGGUGUAUCCCACCCCGGCCCCACUGGUUUGGACUCUCUUUCUAAAGCAAGAUGGUAGCAGGGCUGCCCCUCCCUGGAGGAAUUGCAGCAGGAUGCGUUCAGGCCGUUGUAUCAACACCGGGUCCUCCUACCUGUAAGCUGAUCCACAGCAUCAGGUUUCACUCAAUGGAAUAUGAGUUUUCCAUCACCAGGACAGCCCUGUUCCAGGAGGAUGGUGGCCGAUCCCAUUCCCCCCAGGCCCGCGCUUGCUCCCCCGAGGCCGGAGCAAAGGGGGUUUAACUCACGCCACAAAGCGAAGACAGGCGGGGUCUGUUUCCCUAAACCUCUUGAGCUCUGCUAAGAAGUCACACAAACCUAAGUGUACGAUGCACAUAGGUGUAUUUUUCUAGGGAUCUCAACCCAGCACCUCCUCUCCUGGAACAAGCUCUUCUUUGCUCAUUGAAUAUUAAGAUUUGGUUUUGUCUUGGGGGUGAAUGGCAUUUGCUCGAAGUACAGCCCAUUCCCCCACCCCUAUUGCUGCUGUUUGACUUUUGCCUCUUCUGUACAAAAGUGUCUUCUCAAAUGUAAAGAAUGCUUUUAAUGUUUAUUUUAGUGUUAACACACACUAGGGAAAGCCAGGGGAAAGAAGAGAGUGCAGUUAACAAAUGUGCCCGUGGUUUUCAGCACACAAAUAUUGGCUCUGUCCGUGCACUCAUCCUAGGGCUGGUUCUACCUUCCCCAAGGAUGCUGUAACCCCUCUCGACAACUACAAGGUGCUAAACAAGAAUCUUGGUCCAAACGUGCAACACUCUAAUGAGUAGGUAGGUACUUGUUGCAUGCAGGAAACUGACCUAGUCUCUCUUGGUGUUUUUAAUUAGAGGAGAUUUCCUCAGUAAAUGCACAGCAGUGACAGUGAAAUGUCAUCUCUAAUUAGAUAAGCAAUAGGCAGAGCUCGUGUAGCAGUUCCAGGAAUCCCGUUGGCCUGGCUGCGACGCAGCCAUGGGUAGGGGUUGGCAGGAGCAUCCUGAUGGGAACUCUGGUGGCUUUGGGUUUCAGAAUUCAGCUCAGCUGGAUGACUCGGGGUUUAGCUCAAUUGAAUUGUAGAUAUUUAUUGAAUGGGGG